AUGUGUGGUGAUUGUAGGGGUGUAUGCACCAGGGAACAUAAACCUCAGGUGAGUGAAAAUGUUUUUGAGGAGAGCUUGGGGAAAACCUUAAAAAAAGUGCGGCCUAAUGCAGAGAUCGAUCUUCCUUGCAAAGGAUUUCAAUGCGAGAGUUGGACAGGAAUCGGCGCAGGAUGGUUGGACGCUUUGGUGCAGGGAUUGUGGCGGACAAUGA